CAGUUACUCCGGAACCGUUGCCUUGACGACACGCAUUCGCGCAUGCGCGUAUGCGAUGCCACGGGUGCACCACGAUCGCGUCACGAGCACCAGUUGCGUUCACCACCCUCUCACCUUCACCACUAUUACAAUCUUUCCACCACCUCUUCUACUGGCUUCUGAAACUACCACUAUCGGCGCCAUCAUUUACCCCAUUGCUGCCUUGGAUCCGCUAUUGUUUGUCGUCGCUCUGCUUGCUCGUGUUUUUUUCUGUUAUUAUCGUUAGUGCUAUUAUUAUUAUUAUUAUUAUUAUUAUUAUUAUUAUUAUUAUUACUACUACUACUACUAUUAUUACUAUUAUUACUAUUAUUAUUAUCAUUAUUAUUAUUGCUAUUGCCACCGUCACACCACAUUACGCUAUAUCACAUCAUCACUACUGGUAACAUUCUGCCUUAGACCAUUUCGAUGUUCUUAUCGCUGUUUCCGGGUCUAUCAUUUUCUCCUUAUCAUUUGCAUCCACCUUGAUCGUUUCUUCUAGUUUCAUUCUCAAUUUAUUUUUAUAUUAUCGCUCUUCUGUUAAUUAUAGAGACAUUGCAUAAAAAGAUAAUCACGAUAGAUUAUUUCGAAUAUUAUUAGUAUUAUUAGUUAUAUCAGAUGUAUAUCGAUGCAUAUUCGUUGUAAUUUCGUCGGUGUGAUAAUCGGUUGCAUUUUAUUAUCAAUUUUUGACACGAACAGUUCGAAAGGGUAAUUACUACUCCAUCUCGAGAUUACCCUCUAGUUUUCGGUGAUUGCAUAGCACCGACCUUCGAUUCUUCCGUUUUCUCCUUCCCCUACCUCACCACCACCACCACCACCACCACCACCACCACCAUCACCACCACCACCACCUCCAUUACCUCCAUCACUACCACCUCCACCUUCACCUCCAGCUUCAUCUCCACCUCCGUUUCCUCCUCCUGCUGCUCGUUUUCCCUCUCCUACGCUGUCGCAUUCUCCACCUCUUCCUCUUCCUUCUACGCGGUUCGCGUAUCGUUACUACGAGCGCCUGGUUGUCAUGCGUCGACGGUGCUUGUGAUAAGGCUCGACCGUAUCGGACUGUUCUCGUCGAUAAUUUGCGAUCGACCCGCAAAUGUUUCGUUCCCUGUAAUUCGCCUCGUCGUAUCAUAGUGAUUUUACGUAUCUUUUCCCGAGGAUAAUUUGCAAAUAAGUUUCGAAUUGUUCGUGCACAAGUGCGGCAUAUAUUGAUACAAUAUACUUUUCGAGUGUUGUUCGAUUCGAUUUGCAACGUCGAUGAUCUACUUGUCAUUUCGUGUCGAGCGGCCCGAUUAUUAUCCCCACGUUUUUGAAACCUCGACGGACGUACACGAAUGUCAUGCCGCCACGACGAUAACGGCAAGAAUUUGGAAGAGGAAACGUGGCUCGAGAAGGAGUAUCGAAAAGGGGGAAGAGAUAUCGCGACCGAUCUCGAUAUGCGAUCGAUCGAUUUGAUCGUCGAUGUAUGGUGACCGUGAACGAUACCGUGAUUCGUGAUCCGCAACUGUGAACAGAAAAUUAUUGUGUUAUUAAAACGGACAAAUUGCUCAUCGAUAAGUCGAUCGAUCGAUAAGAAUAUUAGUUAGUCGACGGAUCGCAAGUGCGUUCAAUGUUUUGCUAUCGUCGCGAAACCUGCCGCUGUACCUUAGCGUUGGAAAGAACAGCGGCAGGUCGACGACGUUUUCGUUUCUCUCGGAAAGCAUGACGCCCGAUUACGUGUGCUAAUAAAUUGUGGAAACUCGGAUUUCAUCGAUGUUGCAAUUCUUCGAUUGAAACCGCGAUUGAUCGAUUAAAAAAAAAUAAUAAACGAUCUCUCGUAUCACGUAAAAAAGAGAGAGAAAGAAAAAGAAGGAGAGAGAGAGAGAGAGAGAGAGAGAGAGAGAGAGAGAGAGAGAGAGAAAGGGAAGAAGAUACGGAAUGCACGGUGAAAAAUUUUGACGAAGAAACGUCGCAAGAAUUUUCUCCGUUUUCUUUUUUUUUUUUUUUUUUGAGAAGAAAACAUGGAAUUUUUCGGAGUAGCUCGAUACGAUUACUCGUUGCUUCUGGGACGCGCCACAUUUGCUCUCUACUUUCAAAUCAAAUAAUAGAAUUAAUAUUCCUCGAUUCGAGAAUCCUAAGAUUCUCUCCCCUUUCACGAGUUUCAAAGAGGAUUAGAAAAAAAAAAGAAAAGAAGAUAUGACAUCGUGGAGAUUUUGAGAUCAACGACGAGUUGCCUCUCUCACCCCCUCGUCGAUCGAUGGCGCAAUAGAAACGAAAAGUAUCGCGAAAAAUGAUCACUCGUUUUAUUGCUCGAAACGAUCGUUCGGCUGUUCGAUUCGAAGCGAGUCGCAACGAUCGCGUAUCCCAUUCAAUGUAGAGGAAGAAAGAAGGGUGAAGUUUGCGUUUUGGCCGAAGAAGUUCGACGAUCCACAACUGGACCGCUUCGCGAUCCGGUGGAAUCCGGAAGAACGGAAUUCGAAAUUCGACUCAUAAUAAUUGCGGAGCAUGCUCGUCCGGAAGAAGGAAGGGGCAAGGGUAAUUAGACUGACAGAUAUUCCGGACGGCGUGGAAGAAUCGUGGAAGAAAGAAGAUAAUUUGAUAGGACGAGGUGGGGAUAGAGCCACCUUCUCGUUUCGCCGAUUCUUCGUUAUCGGUCGGGAGACGAGGGAAAAAGAAGAAGGAGGAUUUUCUAUGCUGGGAUCGUAGCGAGGUCCCAGGUAAGACUAAAUUCGAUAGCGAGAGUGGAUAGGGUCGUCGUGGGCAGGGUCGAUAAGAAAAGGAGGAAGGAGGAGCGAAACGGAUAUUUAAAGAUAAAAAAAAAAAAAAGAAAAGUAGCGCCCGCGUUGGUGUCGUUGAAUCGUGAAAGGACUCGAAUCGAAGAGGACGAGAAUCAUUUUGAAAAUUGGAUGGUUCGAAGGGGGUUGUUGGACGUGGUGAGGCCAAUUUGGGAGCAGUUAGAGGCAAAGUCAGAGACGGAAUCGUGUUCAAAGUUGGGAACGGGGAAGAUUUCGAGGUCGGUGCAAGAGUUGGAGUCGGUGUUGGAGCUAGAGUUAGAGCCGGAGAAGCAACGUUUCUACGAUUCUCCGCCACCACGGAUGGACGUGAGCGUGUGCUGUUUGCCCGCCAGUGCCGGCUCGGGGGCCCAGCACCCUCAUCCAGCGAGUUUGCCCUCCGGCGGACAGCCGACGAUCCAGCAACCCUAUCAGUAUGCCGAUCAGAUAGUACCGGAUCGGGGUCAACCCGACGGAUUGCCGGUACUCGGUUGUACCGGUCAGGACAACUGGCAGCAGAUAUCCUCCGCCUCGAACGUGGUCGGCGCUGUUACCGCCGCGGCGACCGCCACCACCACCUACAUCGAUUACUCCUGGUUGCAGAUGCAGCAGACCUCGGACCUGGACACGUUGCUGUGUAGACAGGACCUCGACCGGCUGCAGAAACUCGACGAAGAUGACCCGGAGAAAGAGUCGAGGGAGUCCUCGGUCCAGAUGGAGGACUUUUUCGAGGUUGGGGGGCCGGUGUGCAGGCCGCAGGCGAGCUUCGUCUCGUCGAGGAGUCAACCGGCGGCCAACGACGACGACGUGUUCCUCAGGCCACCUCUCUGGGAGGACAUUACCUCGAGCAUACAAAAGCUCGACCCGGAGAACGCGGACAUGUUGGGCUCCCAGUCUCACGUGAAAAUGGAGACCGACGACGUCACCUCCCCCGUGUUGUCCCCUGUCGAGAUCAAAACCGAGCCGUUACCUCCCCCACCGACCUUGCACCUCCUCGAAGGCCCGGCCUCGAACUCGACCUAUGCGAACGGCCCCCAUCCGAAUCCUUCGACCGGCCCUCAAGUCGUUCACCAUCGGCCACCUCCGUCCACCGCCGCCUUCAAGACGUUCCCCUCCGGCAACAACAACAACAACAACAACAACAACAAUAACAACAAUAACAACAACAAUAAUAACAACAACAGCGGUGGAAGCGGCGGUACCAAUGGCAAACACGACAACAACAAUAGCAGCAACGGUACCAGCAUCAAUAACAAUGCCAACAACAACAAUAACAAUAGUAACAAUAGCGGCGGUAACGGGAACAACAAUAACAAUAGUAACGACUCGACGACCAGCCACCACGGGGCUAAUCAGAUCGGUGGUAGCGCGACGUCGCCUCUAUACGGCUCGAUGACUAGGUUAAUGUACAUUUCCCCGCUGACGCCGCCGAUUUCCGACCCCGGCUCGCCGAUAGGGGCGCCACCGAGGCGGACACCGCCUCCACCCUAUCCCCAGCCGUCCAUUAUGAAUCCUCCUCACAGGAUUCAACCUCCCGCUAUCACCACCAAAUUCAACAGGCGGAACAAUCCCGAGCUGGAGAAGAGGCGCGUUCAUCACUGUGAUUUCAUAGGUUGUACAAAGGUCUACACGAAAAGUUCACAUUUAAAGGCACAUCAGCGGAUACACACAGGUGAAAAACCGUACCAGUGUCAGUGGCCAGAAUGCGAAUGGCGAUUCGCCAGAAGCGACGAAUUAACUCGUCACUAUCGAAAGCAUACUGGCGCGAAACCCUUCAAGUGUGCCGUGUGCGAGCGUUCCUUCGCCAGGAGCGAUCACCUCGCCCUUCACAUGAAACGGCAUCUUCCGAAGCAGCACGCCAAGUGACCGUACCGCUCUUCCGAGACUCCGUCUCCGUCUUCGUCUUCGUCGAGUGACUCCUCGAACGCGCGCCCCCCUGACCACGCCGAUCUCCUUCAGCCUUUUUCAACCGUACCAGCAACAAACUCACAAACUUCGUUCAUUUAUUGAUCAACAAUUUGAGUAUUAAGUCAUUCGAGAUCAUUCUAUGCUUCAUUUAUUUUUUUUAACUCGUUUAUAUCGAAUUAAUUCUAUUGAAUUUUUUCGUAGAGCGAAUUAUCAUUUCGUUCAUGUCAACAGGGAAAAAGAUCGAUAGCAAAUUAAUAGUCUCUGAUGACUUAAACAUGUUUAUUAGAAAUAAACAGUGGCUGGACCACUACUACUUUUCUGCUCUGUGUAUCUCGCCGUUUUGAAUAAAUACGAACGAUAAAUGUAAAUUGUAAACAUUUAGCAUUCGAAUCUUGAUUUCUUUUAAAUUUCAAAGUUUCGAAUUACGUUUGAAAAACGUUUCACAAACACGUAGACAUAUUUAUCAAUACUUUUAGAAAUAUUUCCGUAUCAAUUUUAAUUCGAUUUCUAUUCUGUUGCUUGAAAAACAACAGUUUUCUAACAAUCCUGAUCGCGUUAAUUGUCAUAUAAAAAAAUUAAUGGAACGUGUGCCGUUCAAUCGGUGAAAAAUCGGUGACGAAAGUGUAAUCAUUUUGAGAAUAUACGAAUAGUUUAUAAGGAAUUACCAUGUUGUAAACGUUAAAAUUUCCUAUUUCACUUGCGCGAAGAAAAUGAAGCGAGAAAGGCUAAAUCUUUUGCGAAUACGGAAGCUGGUACGCACAUAAUGGCAUCUAGGUAUUUUGUGCUAAGUUAACCAGAAUAGCGAGGGAUCCUGAUGCAAGAGAACACGAGUAUUGAAAAAAAAAUUUGCACAUGAUCAUUCCCGUUAAUUUAUUUGUCUAUGUAUAUAAAUACAGUAC